UCGCCUCUCCGGUGUACAGACACUCACUCACACACUCACUUAUUCAGUGGAGGUUGGAUUACAACAAGGAUCACCGGACUAUUAAUCUUGAAGGCAGAUAUACUUGCACUCACUCAUCUCAUCAAGGAGACACACGCUUUCCCAGGAUCAACAUGGGGAGUAGUAUGUCAUGUGUCCCCCAACACAACUUCAGAUUCUCCAGCAAGAGCUUCAUUCGCAGGAACAGCAGCCGGUUGUUCAGGAAAAAGUACCCCCAGGAAGGGCAAGAGAAGUCCAACAGCAUCAUCAACAUUCUCUGUACUGUCACCCCCAGAAAGGAAAUGUCACCCAAAGAUCUUCAGACAAUUGAGAAUAUCAAAUGGGACCCUCCAUUUCCCUACGACCCAGUAAGCGGCUGGAAAAAGAGCAGCAUUAAUGUGAAGAAUUAUGGCAGAAUGAUUCACAGUUCCAAAGUCCGCUUCCGUUUCCUGCACUGCCAAGAUGUGCAUGACUGCUACCUGGACCUGUUCCAAACACACCUCCAUUUUGUCUCUAACAACACAACUGGACUCACUUACCAGGGCACACUUCCACUCAAAGAGCUCACUAUUUGCAAAGUGAAGAACAGAAACAGCUUUGAAGUUCCGCAAGAAUUUGCAUUCCAGAUAAACGGGGUAAGCCUGAACCCUAUCAUCGUCUAUUGCUCGACAGAGGAGGAGAUGAACAACUGGUUUGGCCUUUUAAAAGAACAAAUUGAGGCCAAUGGAGGCAGUGCAAUCUCUCAAGAAACGUAUACAAGAAUCAAGGUGGAGUGCUCGGAGGAGCCCACAGUGGGAAAGGAGGAGUUGAGGAACUCCAUCAUCAAAGAGCUCAUCUACGAGUGGGAGGGCUCUCAACGGGAGAGUCUGGGGCCCAUCACAUACGUCACGAAAGUCAGACUACAGCACAUGCCAUGUCAGGAAAAGUAUGACCGGCUGCUGGUGAUGUACCCCAACUAUCUGAUAAUUCUGUCGGAAGAGAGUGAUGGCCUCUUUUACAAGGGAAAACUUCCUCUCAACAUGAUCACAGUUACAACUCCUUGCCAGGACAUCAAGCCCAACACAUUCAUGAUUGAGGGGAAGCUGAUAAACCCCAUCAUCGUGUCCUGUCUCAACAAGAGUGAGUUCCAUGACUGGAUCCAGUAUUUCAAAAACGCUGAUGUUCCCAUCCUCAGCCCUCCUCCCCCUGUGUAUGACAUCAUUUACACUCCAACACAGAAACAGGCUCCAGAGAUUGACAGGUGGAGUGGCAGCAGUCAUGGAGGUUCUGACCCACUAAGGCAGUCUCAGGACAAACGCAGAUUCCAUGAGCUCCAGCUGCCCAGUGGUGAUGACAACACUAUUUCCCCUGGUUACACCGAGCCCCUCUAUUUGAUUUCAAGCAGACCCACCUCUUCAGACACACACUACUCUGCUCACCUGGGCAGCAGGAGCAGCAGCUUCUCUUCUCAUGCCAGGCCCAUGCCUGCCCACCGACCUGUGUCACUCCACUACUCCUCCCCUCCACAGUCAUCUUAUCUGUCAUCUGAAGGACCCAUGUCACCUGUUUACAACACACCAUACAGUUCAGCGCAUUGCAAUGGCCCUGUUCAACAUAUUGAAAAGGCUCCACUUGUCAAGUCGAAAAGCUGGAGCACAUCACAGUCAUCUGUCAAACACCAGCUCUUAGUUCCUCACCGCCAUUCAGACUUGGUUGCCCACCGUAAACCUCUCUCACCCCUUUAUGAUGACCCCAGCACCCCGACAAUGUACCCUCUCGAGGAGAACUCUGCACAUGCAUCGCACUCUUCUCGAGGGUCCAUUGAGCAAUCGUACCCACCUCUCCUUCCUCCCACCUUUCGCCUGUGCACUCCUCCGCUUGGGCGGAAAAACAGACACAACCAAGCCGUGGAGCCCGAAGUGACCAGCAGUCAGUGGUCUGAUGAGCUACGUGCCAAGGCUGUUUCCAGGCUGAAGAUUCUGCCAGCACCAAACAGACAGACAGAACACAACUACAUUUCUCAGAGAGGUUUCUCAGGUCACACUGUCACGGAGAUGCAGCAGAUGUCUUACUCACCAGAUGACAACUCUUACCUCCAACCAGUAGAACCAGAUGACCAGGAAAUGGACUAUGAUAACAUAUGGGAAUAUGACCAGGACAAUAGGAUGAUUCAGCCCCUGCCUGGAACUUCAUCACACCGGACAUUGGCUCACUAUGGAGCUCAAGGCCUGGGUGCUAUGACAACACAGCAGAGAUGGUCAUAAAAGAGAACAAUGGGCUUAUACCCAUCCGGACUUGCACACAUUGUAGACUAAUCAGUGCCACACACACGUGCACACGCACACACAAUGGGUAUACCUUUAUUGGGAGCCGGAUGUUGAUCUCACAUGGGACAUUCACAGUUUAUGUAAUCAGUGGCUGUAUUAUUAUUUUUUUUUUCACAUUAAAUAUUUUGCACAUAUAAUUUUAAGGUGAUGGUUUUAGACUGCUGUAGUAGAUUUGCUAUUGAUGACUGAUGUAUGCACUCUGUAGAAACAGGUCUAUUAAGGUGACACAGUUAUGAUGUAAAUAUGAACAUAAUGGUUUCCAAUAGUUGUCAAUUUUUUUCAAGGUUAAAUUGGAGUGUUUUUUGGUUUUGUGUCCUUUGUUAGUCCUACCAACUGUUGCAAAUUGUGAGGAGAUGCAUUUAAAAAAAACAAACACCAAAUGUAAAUAAAUUAUUUUGUAUGUAAAGUUUAUUUAAUAUUAAGUUUUAUAUUUGAGCUAUUGUUAUCAAUAUUAUAUUUUAUUUAUACUUGUUUUAAUAUGGCUUUCCACUAUCUGUUGUAUCAAAAGAACACUUUUAACCUUUUUAUUCGGUGGUGGUCGAAGAUAUUUCUUUCAAAACAAUUGUGUACUCUUUUCACAAUAAGACAAAAAAAAAAAAAAAAAAAAAGCGAUGAAAUACAGCUGUAACGGAGUUUCAGCCUACCGCUGUAAAUAUGAAUGUUUGGUUUAUUUUUCCAUGUCUUUGUGAUUUGAAAAGUUUUCUUUUUUUCUUCUUUUUUAUAAUACAAAAGAAAAUCCCUGAACGCCUUAACUCUUAAGGUUGAGUUUUCAAUAGUACCUUUUCAUUUAAAAUGUCUGAACAGUAACAAAUGCUGUAAAGAGUGUAAUUAAACAACAUUCAACUAA